UUUUGACAAAUCGAUGAAUACGGUUUUCGGCGCUGUAGUAUUUUAUGUGCUGUGAAAAAUCGACAAAAAAUGCCCUUAUUUUGAAUUUUUAAAAAUAAAAAUUUAUUACCAAAGAAAAAAUUUGCUUAUUCUGGUGUAAUCCCUAUUUUUUUUUUGUAUUCAAUCAAUUUACCUCGCAAUCGCAAAGGGAUGGACGUCAGGGAAACCCAACAAAAAAUCUUCACCAUGGAAACAUCCUGUAAGAUUUCAAAAAAACCUCUUCUUAAAUGUUUCUGCGGCUGUGGAGAUCUUACAGAAGAUGAAGUUAAACGAAUAUAUCGCUUAAGCACCCAAGAAACUCUCAUCAAUCCUCAAGCCGCCAGAUUAUUACGAAAACACAUGGAACUAAAUCGUAGAGGUGACAAAUCUGUUGCCGAACAAAUGCUCGAUAUUUAUGAAAAGAGCGAAGAAUAUAUGAGUGACUUUCGUCUUCUGACCGAAGACGAACUCGAAGAACUCGCUGAUCUAGGCCUUCCCUAUCACAUGGAAAAAGAACUUUUAGCAAAUAUUCAAACAGGAGAAAAAUCCAACAUUGAAAGGUGCAUUCGACGUAUACAAGGAGAGUGCCGCAACGAAAUCGAAGCCAGUCCUGAAUAUACCCAAUACAAAGAAGCUAUACUUGUAAAAUUAAAAGGUGUUGGUGUGAGCAGACGAAAAUAUUAGCAUAUAAGUCUUUAGGAUCUAUUUUUU